AUGUUUACGAAUGACCGUAGGCAAGAGGAACGAACAGGAAAAAGUGGAACGCCGAGGCUGCAAUACCUUCAGGACUUGGUAGGCCAGUUCCAGAACGCAACUGAUGAAGAAACAAAAGAACGUCUGGUUGCUAACUUGGCAAACUUUGCUUAUGAUCCUUACAACUAUCCUUUCUUACGCCAGCUCAAUGUCUUGGAACUCUUCCUAGACUGCCUAACAGAACCAAAUGAAAAGCUUGUUGAGUUUGGGGUUGGAGGAAUCUGUAAUUCCUGUGUAGAUCCAUCAAAUGCUGCAGUUGUCACUCAGAAUGGUGGAGUACCUCUUGUUAUCCAGUGUUUAUCGAGCCCGGUCAAAAACACUGUCAAUUAUUCUAUUGCGGCCCUUUACUACCUAUGUGACUCAUCAGCCAAAGCCGAGAUCCUUAAGCCAGAAGUCGUUGAAGUUAUCAGGCGAUAUGCUGCUUCUGAUACUGUAAGCUUCAGCAAUUUGGCUAAAGCCUUUCUGGAUAAGCAUGGAUUAAUCUGA